AUGAAGACUGCCAGGUGGCUCCUCAGCGGCGCGUGGAUGGCCAGUCAUGUUACCGCCUUCUUCAAGAUCCCCUGCUCAAGGCCCGUGGCCGUAGAACGAGCCGAUCCCAUUGUCAAUCCUGGAACAUUAUCUGGGCAUGUACACACUAUCAUGGGUGGCAACGGCUUUGACUUCAGCAUGACAUAUGAACAGGCUCGCGCGUCCUCUUGCUCGACCUGUAAGGUCACUGCCGACUUGAGCAACUAUUGGACACCAAGUCUGUAUUAUCGGGGACAGAACGGGAAGUUCACGAGCGUCGGACAGGCUGGGGGAAUGCUCGUUUAUUAUCUACUGAGGUCGGAUCCAAAGGAUCCAGAGUAUAGCAACGGACUUCUCGCUUUCCCAAAGGGCUUUCGGAUGCUAGCAGGUGACCCAAGGUUGCGCAGCUUCAAUGAGAGCAGCCUGGAGCAGAAGGCCAUCUCAUAUGUCUGUUUAGGCAAUAGUGGCCCUCAGACGAAUGAGUUCCCCAACCGCAACUGUCCUGACGGGCUGCGUGUCCAAAUUGUCUUCCCAUCAUGCUGGGACGGCCUCAAUGUCGAUUCACAAGAUCACAAAAGCCACAUGGCAUAUCCAAGUGGUGUGAGCACUGGGAAAUGCCCGACAUCCCAUCCCAAGAGACUUGUAACUCUAUUCUAUGAGGUUAUCUUCCAGGUCACCGACUUUAAAGACCAAUGGUAUGGGGACAAGCAACCGUUCGUUUUGUCUAAUGGUGACCCAACCGGAUACGGUCUCCACGGUGACUUCCUUAAUGGAUGGGAUAUCGACGUACUCCAGUCUGCAAUCAAGCAGUGCACUGAUAACAGUGGCUCUCUCGAAAAGUGCAGCGUCUUUCAAUUCUUCGAUGACGAGACGAGGAAAGGGUGUCGAGUGCCCGUAAAAGUGAAUGAGCAAGUCUCCGGCCAACUGGAUGCCCUCCCUGGUUGCAACCCGGUACAAGCAGGUCCGUCGAACGCACAACCGCAGUCAAAUUGCGGCGCAACAACACAGAUCUCGCAGCCUCAAUGGGGCUUUAAGGAUGUUACGAGCACAUUCAAAUUCAAAUAUCUUGGCUGCGCUCGUGAUCCUUCAGGCCAAGGUCGUACGCUUCCCGCCAGGAAGACGUCAGACACCAUGACCGUCGACUUUUGCAUCAAAUACUGUAACGACCGGGGAUACCAGUAUGCUGGGCUGGAGUACGCCAAGGAGUGUUGGUGUGGCAAUUCAGUGGCAGCAGAUCGGAUGCCCAAAAAGGGCCUCCUCGGCAGUUGCGAGAUGCCGUGUCCCGGCAGCACGGCGGACGUGUGUGGUGGAUACGCAGCGCUGUCACUUUACCAAAAGUGCAAUGGCACUUGCCAGAAUGCGGCGUUGAUGUAA